AUUGCAACUAAUCCUUCAUCCUAUCACCUGUCGCAACCAUGUCUGCACCAAACUUACUGUCCCUUCCAACUGAAAUCAUAUUCCAUAUCUUCAAACGGCUUGAUCGGCCCAGCAAGCUCUCACUCGGCCUGACAUGCCCCCGCAUCCUUGCUUUAUACGCAAGCUUUUUCGACAUGGAGCGCUACCGCCAUGAUCCUGAUGCGCGGGAAAAGCUUCGGUUUUCAGCAGAUGUCUCCUGGGAUGAUCCUCAAGGCAUGGCAGUUACAAUCAGAUAUCUGACCCUCUCCGGCGGGGACGGUAUCAAUAGCGAGCCGUCAUCACCAACAACCGAAGAGCCAUCGCCACUCAGUACUAGUACUGCCGAAGGACAACAUGCAGAACCAGGCUUCUCGACCGGAUUCUCCUGGGGAGGCGAAGAGGAAGCAACCAUUCCAUCAUACGCCGAAAGCAACGAGGCGCGUGAGGAUGCUAUGGUAGUAUCAAUCAUGUCCGAGUGGCUGAAGACAAGAUUCCGAAUCCAUGGUGGUUGCAUUUUAUGCGUUGAAUGUGGUCGCUACAUGUUGUGUCGUGGGCCAGAUGGGAGAAGGGUCCGUUGGACAGAGAACCAGUUGAGGCGUUCACCCUGGAUGCAACAUUGCGGUCCUUGUGAUGCUGCGAUGGGUAUUGCGCCUGGGACAGUAUUAUCCUGAAUUUUACGGCAGGAUAGCAUCGCGUUGGAGGAGAAAAUCAAGUAAAACUAAUGAGCAUGCUCUUUUUCAACAAGUGCACAUAGGCAAUGCUAUUUAUUGUAUCUGGUAUUGAACCACGGUUAAAAACUGACAUUCUUUUUGUUGUCUUCUA